UACGGGGCCUCGGGUACCAUUACCGUUAUUUUCAUAACGUUCGCGUCCAGAGCAAGAGGCACACACGCAGCCGUACGCGCACUCGGUCCGUGUCCGUGUCGUCGGUCUGUUUGGCAUCGCCGUACGGUAUCGAAGGGAAACCCAUAUUGACACUCCGAAGAACAUCCCUGCAGUCCUGCAGCGUUCCUUUUUCACAAGUGUGUGCGUGUGUGUGUGUAUAUGUGUGUGUAAAAGCCACACAUUUGUUUGACCGUCCAGGUGUACGCUGCAGUGGUGUUUGUGUACAGGAUAACGUUUUUUCGGGCGGAAUUGUGCAAAGCUUUUCGCCCCCCCCAAAAACCACCCAACGCGUUGCUGUGUGGACGGCCCUGCCCGCUACGGUAAAUGAUUUUUUAAUAAGCGUCUGAGCCGUAUUGAGCCCCCGUAUCGAUAAAAUAGUUUCGAUCCGUAUGACAUCACAACGUGCACGGCUUUGUUGGUGUUGGUGGUGGUGGUAGCGUUGGGCCCCGUUGUUUGUUGCUAUACACGAGCACAGGAACGAGCGGCAGGAACGCAUCAUCGCGCGUUCGAUUGCAACGGUCGUGGCGCAUCGAUCUGCAGUGGUGGUGCAUCGUCCACUUUAUCUUGGGCAACGCGGUAUCGGUGUUUGAUAAUUGGUACCAAUCGGCGCAAAGAUUGGUUUGCGGGGUAUCGGCGUUUAAAGAUUUGCACCAGUUUGCCUGCCGAUUGCUUCCAGUGCUCUGUUGUGUACCAGCGCCAGCAGCGUUUGUGCAGUGUGACACAGUGUGUAGCAGAGUGUGCGUAUGUGUUAGUGAGGUAUUUAAACACAAAAUUGCGUCAACGAAAAUAUCCUGCAACGAAAAGGGAAGAAAGUAUAUCCUUGACGACGCUCGGUGUGUGCUUCCGCUUGUUGACGAGCUUCCCCGGGGUGUGUCACUGUGGUCCGCGCUUGUGUGUGUGUGUAUGUGGUGUGCUUUUGCCCACCCCCCCCUCCGAGCGUGUGAGUGCGUGUGUGGAUGAGGUGGCCGCGGCGUGGAAAGGAGGUAGAGCACCGCGAAAGAACGACGCCGCGCAAUGAGUGCAAUCAAUAAUACCAGCAGCAGCACCAGCGGCAGUGGCAACCACCACCACAGCACCAGCAACAACAACAACAAUGCCAGCAGCCGGCACCAGAAGCUGGAACAGCAGCGCCAACUGAUGGAGGCCUACAUACGCCAGAAGCGGGCAACACCCGGCAUGGUGCAGGCGAGCGAUCUGCAGCUCGUCCGACCAAUGUCGGGCGUCAAUCGGAACGGGCGCGAGGUGCAUGCGUACGACGGUCCGAUGCAGUUCAUGAUGUCACCCACCAAUCCGGACCAGAUCAUGCCGACCUCACCGGUCGGACCGGUGCCAACGGUGGCAGUCGGCGGCACGGGACCGAACGUGACCGCGACCUCGAUCACCACCACACCAACGUCACCUUACAGCGAUUCCACCAUGGAGAAGCUAACGCCGUCGUCGCAGGACAGCGAGGACGAGGAAAGCACACCGGUCGAUGUGCUGCCCCUGCCCGCGUCCACCAAAUCGCCUGCCAACGGUGGUGCGGGUGGUGCCAUCCUGUACGAUCGGCCGACGGUCGACGGGCAUCAUCUGCUUUCCCACUCGGCACCGAUCUCGCCCGCGCUCAACAACAACAACCAUACGCACCACACGAACAGCAGCAGCGGCAAUGUGAAAUCUAGCGAAGACUCCGGUACACCUCCAAGCGGCGGUGGUGGCGGCGCACCCGACACGGAGGGUGACGUUAUAGGGCCGAUCGAGCAGUGGGUCACGCAACCGGCCGCCCAGGGUGUGCUGUACAAGUGCCGCAUUACGCGCGACCGAAAGGGCAUGGAUCGCGGGCUGUUUCCCAUCUACUAUCUGCACCUCGAGCGGGACUACGGCAAGAAGCUGUUCUGCCUAGCGGGUCGCAAACGGAAGAAAAGUAAAACGUCUAACUACAUCAUCAGCUGUGAUCCGACCGACCUAUCCCGGCAGGCGGACGGUUUUGUGGGGAAGCUACGGUCGAACGUGUUCGGCACGACCUUUUUCGUGUACGAUAGUGGCACCAAGAAUGAUGCGGCCGCCCCACGGCUCGAUCUGGCCGUCGUGAUCUAUGAUACUAACAUACUGGGAUUUAAAGGUCCGCGCAACAUGACGGUACUGCUGCCCGGGAUGACGGAGGACGAUCAGCGUGUACAGAUAAGCUCGGUCGAUGACCAGCAAGGGCUGCUCGACUGUUGGAAGUCGAAGAACAUGGACAAUGUCGUUGAACUGCACAACAAGACGCCCAUCUGGAACGACGAAACGCAAUCGUACGUGCUGAACUUUCACGGUCGCGUCACGCAAGCCUCGGUCAAGAACUUUCAGCUGGUGCACGAUUCCGACCCGGAGUACAUCGUGAUGCAGUUCGGCCGGACCGCGGACGACAUCUUCACGAUGGACUUCCGGUAUCCGCUGUGCGCGUUCCAGGCGUUCGCGAUCGCGCUCUCCAGCUUCGACGGCAAGCUGGCGUGCGAGUAGCGGUGGUGGUGGUGGCCUGCGGAUGGAACGGGCGUGCCGAAUCAUACUGCCAACGGAGCGGAGCAACUGGAGGAGCUGGAGUGGACGGUGCUGGAAGGAGUGCUGCGCAGGAAUUUCACGGCUGCGGGAAAAGUGGUAGAGUUUUAAGGAGGAAAUGAUUUUAUUUAGGACAAUGCUAUUUAUUGGAAGAGAUGGAAAUGGGGUUUAACGAUCGUGUUGUGGAUCGUUCUGGAAGCAACAUAGCUCUAUACAGUAGGUGACCGCUAACUGAGAGGUAAACAAGCUCCAGUUAACGAACAAUGUUCGCUAACUGGAGUGACGUUUCUAUGGAUUGAUUGUUUUGAUUGGCGUGGACUGGAAUAAACAUACCAAACUUUUUUUCAUUUAUGUUGAUAUAAAGUAUAGUAAUACGUGUAAUAACAUAAAUUAAUAGCAAACGUAGGUGAAAGACCCUAAAUUUGUGUGAAAAAUGCACAUUUGCGACAAAUUUCUCUUCAUGAGAUUCCGGAUGUUUCAUGUUUUGACGUUUAAGUGUUCGUUAACUGAGAGUCACUCCAGUUAGCGAACCUCCAGUUAAAAAGCACUCCAGUUAAAACACAUCCAGUUAGCGGUCACCUACUGUAUAUGGGGUUGUAGGUAUGAUCGUGUGCUGCAGGGUAGCGAUUCCAACUAACAGACAAUAUAGUAAAAUGGUUUACAAUGGUGUAAUCAGAACAAACGAGGGUUCGUUCGCGCUGUGCUCAGUCACUCUACAUGUUGGACACGUUUUUGGGGGCGCACGAUGAUAAUGUUUGAUUUUUGGCCUAACCAGUGGGAAGCAGCAAAAAAAGCAAAAUUACAUUUAACAAGAAUGUAUUAUGUACAGUAGAUUUGGCAUGGCUUUUUAAGCGCAGUGUGCAACAGGAACAGGCAGCAUAGCAGGUGUGUAGUUGGUUUUGUACCGGAUUGGUUCCGGUACACUAGCAUUUGCGCAUAGCUCGUUCAUUCGCAUUCGCCAAAGCAUGGUUCUUAUUGGAGCGGCUACUUCUUAUAGGAGGUAAUAUAAAAUACAAAAAAAACAGUGGUAAAUGGUUGUGUCAUAAUCAAAACAAACAAAACAAAACAUUACAUUAAGCGAUUCACGGUGUUAGCUCAGUUAGUAAAUAGGCAACGGCAUGCUCUCCAGUCGGAACCGCCCGCUAAUGCUCAGAGUAUUGAUACCUGUUUACAGUUUGUAAACGGUGUGCUUUGCCCUGGUAAGGUAAUGUGAGAAGGGUUUGUUUUAAAUUCUUGGUAAAUGUAAGCAUUUUCGAUUCAACCGUUUUCGGGCAACUCAAGGAAAAAGGGGCGUGAGCGUACGGGGGAAUAGUAGAACAGGUGGGCAGGUUUUUUUUCUGUUGUUGUUUCAACAGUCAUUCAACACACUUUCCCGUGCCUGUGCGUCCAUUUUAAGGUACAGGUAGAAGGAAAAACUAAAUUGUUAGAGUAAUAUGCCGAUUUCAAGAAGAUUCAAUCAUCCAGAGACGUUUAAUUGGUAGCUCAAUUUGGAUUGUUGCAUCGUCACUAGGGAAAGGAAUUAAAAAAAAUGGAAACGUCUAAACACUAACUGUAGCAAAAACACAAUGUGCUAUCCUAAGCGUGACUAACUUUAGAAGGUAAUUUAUUGAAACCGUACACGAGGAAAACGAUGCGGUCCGCGAUACUUUCCUUUGCCUUAUCCGGUCGCUCCGCAGCUUCGUCUAGCGAUAAUAAUUUAACGAAACGUUUACUCUUUUUCUCUGCGCCUUAGCUUAACGCUCCUUAGCUGUUAUUCUUAGCCCUUAAAAAGAAUGCUUUUCUCCGAGUAGUUUUAAAGCUAGUAAUAGUGAUCAGGAAUGGAAUUUUGUUUUGUUUUUAAAUUGUAAAAAAACAGCACAGAGCAACCGAUGGAAAGCUGCAUGCAUACGAUUGGAAUUAUCUGUUAGCUGUACCAUUUUUAUUUACAUUUCUAAUCAAGCAAGAUUAAAAAACCUGCUCAAGUGCUUUGUGGCGUUGUUUAGCAGCGUGUGUGUGUGUGUGUGAAUGCGAUUUUAAAAGAGAAGUAGGAAUUGUUACUUUAAAGCAAAAAGGGUGAAAUUUGUGUGCUUGCACCGUUUGCGUUGCGAGCUCUAGCUUUUGGUAGCUCAAACUUUAUGUAAUGCGGCAUCUCACCCAUCCCACCCCAUGCGGCAAAAACCAAAACGUAAAAGAGUAUUAAUUUAUAAUUAAAAUUGUAACAAACACCCCCCUUAUUAAGGAUUACAUUUUAGUUGAAGCAGUAGAAGAAGGAGUAACAAUAUUUAACACUCUGUUUGCAGAUUUCUGGUACAAACAAUUGUUUCGGUUUCAUUUAUUUGCAUCAGAAUGCAUUUUGCAAAUGCAAAUGAGAAAGAGAGAGAGAGAGAGAGAGGGGGAGAGGGAAGUUAGAAGAGAAAAUAUAGCAAAAAAGAAGAAAAAUGUUAGUAAAAGAUGAGCUCAAGAGCAAAACCACCCCGAAACUCAACAAAUCGUAAGUUAACACGUGUCUAGUCAGUGAAAUGUAGCAAAACGGGGAGCGCGAGCGGACAGAGCGAUUAGAUAUACUCGUGUGAAAAUCACCAAGAAAUAAUUAGCAUUAGCGCAAUGGUCCAGCCAGAGGCCAUUGGAAUUAGUGCAUACCAUCAUUAGCUGUAAAUUAGCUGUAAAAGGACAGCGGACAGCUAAUAUAGUGUGUAUGUGUGUGUUUGCAGUGUGGUGUGUGGUGGUAACGACGAAUCAAAACCAAUUUCAUUUUGUGUACUUAACAGGGGAGAAGAGGAGUUUGUUUAGUGGAAUGGCAGGCAGCUGCACGUAGAAGGAGAAGCAAAAGUUGUAGGAUAAUUUCACCACAAACACAAGAGUGAGUGAAUGUGUGUAUUUUUAAUUUAUUGGUAGCGUAAGGGGUUGAUCCAUCGCAGUGUUGGGGUACAACAGGUAAUGAUAUUGCCGUAAUAAAGAGACUACAACA